UGUUGGCAUCAGAAUAGGAACUUUCCUGGGCUUGGAAAGGGCUCCUUGUUCUGCCGGGGACUUUGGUUAGAAGUGAGAUCCCCGCCCCUGGUCUGAUGGCCCCACCCUUCCCCCACCCCCCACCCCCCUGGCCGUACCUUCACGGCCAUUGUCGCUGUCCCCUGCGUGCGUGUCCCCUGCGUGCGUGCGUGGGCCCUCUGCUUCCCCGUCACGCUGCGUGGGUUCAAAAAACGAGGCCAUCUAUGCGUCCCUUGUCUGACCUUUAACCCGAGCCGUGGGGGUUGGGCUUGUCGGGCGCGGACACGCGCGAUCAGCUGAUGAGAGCGCAAGACGACCCAACCCAACGGUUUCUUCGGCUGAUGGGUUUCUCUGGCGGAUGGUGUAUUAUAUAAUAAAGGUCGCUUGUAGGGAAGAUGUCUGAGAAACUGAGGAGAUGCAGAAAGGAGCUGACUGCAGCCAUCGACCGGGCCUUUGAAGGAGUCAGCCAUUCCCAGGAGUGCUUGGGCCGCCCGCGGGUGGAGCUGGACGCCGCCCCGCUCGCCUUCCCCCUCCCCGUGCACCGGCUCCUCUGCCCGAGGCACCCGCUGGUAGCCUGCUCCUCUGCGGCUCCAUUCUGUCCCGUCCCUGGCGCUCCGGAGAACGAGAACGUGGCCUUUGCACCAAACCAUGCCCCCGUGAAUGCAAAGCCCCAGGCGCUCUGCCCCAAAAGAAAACCUCUGAGCAGCAAGGAAAACAUCGUGAUGCGUUCCUCCAUUUUGGCACCCGAAAGACAGUUUUGGCGAGCAACAGGAGAUGGGGAGAACUGGAGAAAAGACAGUCUAAGGAAUGAUACAGAGAAGGAUUUGAAAGUUGACCCAAGCAUCCCACUCGGUUCCAGCCAAGAGGUCACAAAGGAUCUGCUUGAUAUGAUUGACCAUACAAGCAUCCGAACUAUUGAAGAAUUGGCUGGUAAACUAGAAUUUGAAAACGAGUUGAACCGUGUGUGUGGCCACUGUGAAGAUUUGCCUUUCAAGGAGGAAGCCUGGGCCCUGCCGGUUUACGAGAGCCCUCAGAAGGCCCCGGACGCAGACUCUGGCAGCCUCAAGCAGGCUUUCGAUGACCACAGUAUCGUGGAGACUGUUCUGGACUUGGAAGAGGACUACAAUUUGAUGACCUCUUUUAAAUACCAAAUUGAUUUAUCUGCAGUGGACCUGAAUCACUUCUGCAGAAAGAAGAAAUUAGAGUUGUUUUUUAAAACCUUCACCUCCACCAACCAGCCGUGGGCAUCCCUCACCAGAUACCUGCCCAGAGGUGACCUUCACAGUUUCUGGGAACUGCAGCAGGUCCAAGACUGGCACGGGAGGCUCAGCAGGACCCUCACUAGUGGCUCACGCUUCCCUGAUAGUGCUGAACCCUCAGGGCCAGAAGCUCUAGGUCUCACAGAGCUGUUUCUCAGCACUUAGUUCUCCCUGGAGAGGCUUUGCAGAGGGGGUGGCUGCUGGGAGCAGAGAGCCGGUGCUAACCCUAUAAGACUGAAAUGAGAGGACUUUUUUUCUGCCUGCAACAUACUGUGGCACUUGGGAAUGAGAGCCGAGCCUGGCUUAGGGGUGGGGCAGAAGGGAGGCUUUAGAUUCUCCUGGCUGGGUAGACAAGUAUACCUCUAGCUUAGCAAAGCCUUUCUGUGAAAAUUCAGAUUUACCAAAGAACUAAUCCAGCCUGGACUCCUUAAAGGAGGAGCUUUUCCUCACUGUAGAAACAGCUGUUGGGUAAAGCAGGUGAGCCCUGAGCCUCUGGCAGGGCACUCGCAGAGUAGCUGGGAUGGCCACAUGGUCAUUUCCCUGGUGAUACCUUCUCUUGUCUCUGCCUCCCUGGCUCCCCAAGGUGCCCAAGGGACACCUUCCUGCCUCUGUCAUAUGCCUCAUGGCGGCAGGCAGAAGCGUGCUCAUCUGCGCAGAGCAGAGGUUUGGGGAGCCAGUCUCUAGGGAUUGAGCUGGAGGAAUAACAGGAGCCUAGUUUUUUAUUCGCCUAGAACAUUUAUUUUAAUAAAACUUGGGACCAAAGACUUCUUGGGGAGACAUUGAUAUUUGAGAAACUAAAAUUGUUUUACGUCAUUUGGUACUCUCCCCCGCAGUUCAUCUUGGCAAGCCAAACAAUCACUGGAUUGUUUCCGUGGAAACACCAAACUGCAGUUUGGAUUAGCAGAAUCAAAAUAGAAACAAGGCAGCUUCAAGAAUAAAUAGGAGCUUUGGAAUCGGCUAGUUGCCAACUGCAAGUUCAACUUACAGCACAAGGCAUGUGAGAAGCUGGGCCUAUCCAGUUCUGUAAGGAGGGGUUUCCAGGUCCUCUGGCUUCAUGCUGCCUGCCGGGUGGAGGCCAAAAUCACUAGAAACCAGCUCUGUCAGUGUAUUGGUAAACUUUGUAACAACACUUAGGGCAGGAGGUGGUCUGCAGAAGCAAGCAAAGGCUGGGGACUGGAGGAAAAGAAGGGAGAAGGGACAGGAAAGAGGAGAGAUGAGUAAACGCCAAGUGAAGGUCCAGCAAGGAGCAGAGGCCACGCUGAGACUCGAGAGUAGAGCAGCAGUUCUUUCAAGAGGACAAUUCAAGGGUGGCCAAGGGCUGGAAGCAGUGACCCCGCCCUCAGCCCCUUCCAGAUUUCAGUGUUUCCCUGCAUUCCUGGGCCUGGCCGGCUAGCCACAGAGAUCGAGACUAGAGCCUGAAUUCUUGCCAGGUAAGCUCUGGGGGCACUGAUGGUCAGUAAGCGUCUGCCUCAGCGUGGCUCCAGCCAGCAUAAUCAGGCACGCAAGCCUACCUUCUCAUCUCUGAGUCUCAAGGCUGCCUGCUUCCUGCUCCCCUCACCAGGGGAGUGGGGGAGCCACUUCUUGGCCCACCUGCCCUGCCUCCUUAGCAUUCUGCUGGACCCUGUAUUUCCAAGCCCAGGGAAGCCUCCAAGGGGGUCAGGAGACCAGGAGGAUGGAGACAGACCACCUGUGCCCCUCACCUUGGCAUCCAGGAAUGUGCUGGUAAGGCAGCACCAUCCUGCCACAGGAGAAGCUGUGAGCUGUUUAAUGAUCAAAGAAAUUGAUGAAAAGGAUUCCCUCCUCCUGAAUGACGGGCCAGGGGCUCACCCGCUACCGGAGGGAGCCUGCUCUUAACGGAGGCACAAGAUGUUUGAUACGGCAGAGAAGGCCAGUGAACCAGAAAGGGGAACUGGGGGGGCCACUGAACCUGCUUGUGGAUCGUUAUUGAGAAGACUGUCAUCCGGAGACAGUCUGAGGCUCUGGUAAUUUGCUUUCUCCCUGGAGUACGUGGGAGAACAUUAAUAUUUUAGGUUCCUGCUAAAUAUUUAUAGAGGGAACAAAGUUUUACUCAGGAAAUAUACUGACAAUGGAUUGCAGCCCUAGUGGGGAAGGACUUUCUGUGCUAGGCCAGCUGGAAAAUGCCUGAUUUGAUGAAGAGUUUUGGCCUAAGGCCUGGCAUGAAAAAUAAUUUUAAAACCUGCUCAGCUCUUGUAGGAAGCAGCUAUUUUUUUGAGGGCAAAAAGGCUGUGGUUUUCUGGGUACUUUGGGUGGGAGCUGGCCUGGGAGAGAGGAAUGCGCAUCUUAUAGGAGACCUGUCAUCAGGAGCCCUUUGGAACAUCUAAGACAAAAAAGGGAAGUUGCAGAGGGCUACUGGAGAGACCCAACUUUUAGGACAGGCUGCCAGGAGCUGUUUGAUAAGCAAGCUAUAUCUGCCCUCAGUAAAUAUUUGUCAGGUGUCUCCUAGUGACACACCACUCCUGGAUGCUAAGAAUACAGUAGAGAUGAGGUAGAUGCUGUUCUUUUAUUUUUUUUUUUACAGCUGCUCUUCUUGCUUCUGGAGUUAAUAUUCCACUCUGCGAGGCGGGCAAAAAUACAGAAUUAAAAUAUCAUUUCAGAUGGAACUAUCUGAGAGAAAUUAAAGAGUAAGGGAAUGGGCAAUGAGGAGGGCAUGCCCCUUCAGAGACCUCUCUGUAGGUGAUAUUUAAAUUGAUACUUGACUGUCAAGACAAUUAGGACAAGUGGCUUUUCCAUCCUCAGACGGUAGCUGGGGUUGUAUAGUGGGAGGAGCCCCUAGGUGGGCCCUGGACCAGUAGACCUCCCACCACAUCCGCCCCUGUGUAGCUACAUAGAUCUCUAUCAGCAUCCAAAGAACCAAAAAUGUUGUGUGCUUCAGGGAUGUGCUGGGCUGUGUCAUGCUCACCAAAUUUGGCAGGAACACAAUAGUUAAAAAAAAA